AUGGCUCAACUACUAAACAGUGAAACUCAAUAUUUUUUUGACCUAACGGACAAAAAGUGGUGGGUUCUCCCUAAAUCUGAGGAUGAGUGGAAGGAAUUGUCCAAUGACGAGGCUUACAAACUCGGUUUAUUCAGGGCGGUACUCUCCCAGGAGUGCGACUUCAUAGACACUGACGUCUCCCAGUACAUUUCGACCGUUUCUGACAUCGUCAAGGAGCUUGACGACAAAUUUAACCUAAGAAAGGUCAGCUCGAGCGAAAACGGGCAGAACGAGUCUAAGCAGCUGAUAAACAGGAUCAGGAGUAGGGACUUUUUAAGUGGAUCUGAGGAAGCUGAGAAGGCAAAAAAGACGGAACAAAACGUCAGAUUCAAGGAGGAGCCCAAAGGUGCAGUCGAGUCAGAUUUAAACUUUGACUCAACGCCUGAUUUAUCCAAGCAAAGCUCGGGAAUAGACCAGCCUCAGAAAAAGGGAGAGAACGAGGGCUCUGAAAACCUUCUGAGCCAAAUAAACAACUUAAUAGCAAGCACAUCGCAAAUGAAGCAGAUCUGCAAGGCGAAGGAGCUCUCAGCUCAAAACAAGGCUAAUGCUCCGACGGUGAGGAGCACCGCCAGGCAUCUCACGUACGUCAACAACGGGGGUCUGGCAGGGUGCCUCAAGACAGUCGCAGAGGAAAGGAAGAAGAUGAGCAACACCAAAAAAGUCGUCUCCCAGUCCCAAAACUCGCAGUUGCAGGAGAUGAUCCAGAGGGCGAAGGCCAUGGCGGCGAAGACAAUGGACGAGGUCAAGGAGCCUGAGCAGCCUGCAGCCCUCAAAAAGGCGCCCCAGCCUAAAAAAACACAAUUGCGAAGCAACGCCAAACGAUACACGACCGUGUUCAGUAAGUUUCCGAAUACACAAGGAGGUUUAGGGUCCGACGAGCUCAAGGAGUUGCGAAUGAACCAUCCCCUCCCGGACGUGAAGUUCGAGGCGUCAUCCGAGGAAGAUUCGGACGAGGAAGGUAAAAAGAGGACCAAGCAGACGACCCUGAAGGACAGGAAUCAAACACAGGGGGUGACCAGGCGUUCUACACUAGGAAGAUAG